UGUUUUCCAGUGCUGCAAAAUUUUGGGGUUCAGUAGAAGACAUACGAUCUUCUCCCUCAUUGCUUCAACUGUUUUUACCAGAAAAAAGAAAAUCAUUCGAGCGAGAGAGAGAAACAAAGACAUUCUUCAUAGAGAAAGUCUUAUCCGUGGUUUUGUAAAUUAAUGGCGACGAGAUAUUGGGUAGUAUCUCUUCCCGUUCAAUCAUCAUCUUCAACACUAUGGAGUCGUCUACAAGAAUCGAUCUCUAAAAAUUCAUUCGAUACUCCUCUGUAUAGGUUUAAUACACCUGAUCUACGUGUUGGAACUCUUGAUUCUCUUCUUUCUCUGAGUGAUGAUCUUACUAAGUCAAAUAAUUUUGUGGAAGGAGUUUCACAUAAAAUAAGAAGACAGAUCGAGGAACUAGAAAGAGUUUCUGGUGUUGAAAGUAGUGGAUUGACUGUCGAUGGAGUUCCAGUUGAUUCUUAUCUUACUAGAUUUGCUUGGGAUGAAGCUAAGUAUCCUACAAUGUCACCUUUGAGGGAGAUUGUUGACGGUAUUCAUGUUCAAGUUGCCAAGAUCGAGGAUGAUCUUAAGGUGCGUGUUGCCGAGUACAGCAAUGUGCGCAGUCAACUUAAUGUGAUUAACAGAAAGCAAAGUGGAAGUUUAGCUGUGCGUGAUCUUUCCAAUUUGGUGAAACCAGAGGACAUUGUCAUAUCAGAACAUUUAGUCACACUCCUUGCAGUGGUUCCCAAGUACUCUCAAAAGGAAUGGGAGGCAAAUUAUGAAACUAUGACUACCUAUGUGGUUCCAAGGUCCUCCAAGAAGUUGCACGAGGACAAUGAAUAUGCUCUUUUCACUGUAACACUCUUUGCUCGUGUGGCUGAUAACUUCAAAACAAGUGCACGCGAGAAAGGUUUUCAAAUUCGUGAUUUCGAAUAUAGUCCAGAAGCUCAAGAGAGUCGGAAAAGUGAAUUAGAAAGAUUGGUUCAAGAUCAGGAAAGCUUGAGAAGCUCACUUUUACAAUGGUGUUACACUAGUUAUGGAGAGGUUUUUAGCUCCUGGAUGCACUUCUGUGCUGUCCGUACCUUCGCUGAAAGCAUUCUAAGAUAUGGAUUACCACCUAAUUUCUUGGCAGCAGUAUUGGCCCCAUCAAUGAAAAGUGAGAAGAAAGUACGGUCUAUCCUUGAAGGGUUGUGUGACAGCCGAAACAGUGGCUACUGGAAAUCUGAAGAUGAAUCCGGGGGGAUGGCUGGUCUAGGAGGAGAUGCAGAUACUCAUCCGUACGUGUCCUUCACAAUCAAUUUCAUUUAAUUUAAAUUGAGCUGCACCGUCUCUCCAUUUGUUCAGAUCCCAUAUUAGAGGAUUAUUUAUUAGCCUGCAAUAAAAUCUGAUGAGGGAUUGAAACACUGUAUAUUAGACUAAAUUGUCACCCAAUUCUUUGUUUAUUAUCUCUUUUGAGUUUAUAUGGGACCUUUUUGAGGUGUUUUUAUACCACCUUGACCUAUUUAUGUUACCUGAGUUUUGUAAACUUAAAUGCAGUCUAUGCGUAAACAGAACCUUUACACUAUUUGAAUUGUAGAAGGCUCGAGGCCAUCUGUUGUGGUUGAUCCAUAUGUUGUGUUUAUUUAGAAUUCUUACUAAAUUAUGAAUGAAUGUGGUUUUACUUGCAA